UGUGAAGAAGAAAAGAGGUGACAAACGUGUAUAUAUACAAAUAUCUAUACGCUUGUGGUAACAAUAGCAUAAAUAUUUUACCACGAUUGAAAGUGAAAUUUAAGUAAACCAUGAAUACUUCCGAUACCGCAUUGAUCAAUGCGGAUUUACUCGCAACUUGCCAUUCUCUAGGAAGCUGGGACCAGAAAGAAUACAUAAAAGAACCAGAUUGUUUUGAAGGUAUAAAAGACUUGAUUCGUUUCCUACGAAGGGAUGAUGACACCCACGAUAUCAGAAGACAACUUGGAACUAUUCGAGUUUUGGAGACAGAUUUAUUGCCACUUCUAAAGUAUUAUCCAAAUGACAGUGCAUUAUUUGAAGUUAAUCUAAGAUUACUUGUGAACAUCACCAAUCCUGCCCUUCUUCUUUACCAUGAAGAGCUUCCUGAAGAAAAAACAACAAGAAACCAAUAUUUAGAAGUUGUUGGCCAACUUCAGGUGUAUAAACAGGCUUUUGCAGAUGCUAAGGUGUGGGCAGUGUUAACAAAAAGGCUUGGAGACUUGUUGCAAUUGACUUGGGAACAGAGACAAGAAGAAGACAAAACAACGAUUGAGAGAAUUUUAAUUUUGGUUAGAAAUGUUCUGCAUGUUCCUGCAAACCCCACAGAAGAGAAACGUACAGAUGAUGAUGUCAGUGUCCACGAUCAAAUAUUAUGGGCAUUACAUCUAUCAGGAAUGGAAGAUCUUUUGCUUUAUAUAGCAACCUCAGAAGAAGAAGACCAGUUCUGUUUUCACAUACUAGAAAUAAUAUCUCUCAUGUUUAGAGAACAAAAAGCUGAACAACUUGCUUUAACUGGAUCAGCUCGGCCCCAAUCAGAGAAAGAAAAAGACAUAAAGGAACUUACGAAUAUAAGGGACCAAGAGAAGGCAGAAAAGAAAAUCAACCAACUGAAAUUGAGUGGACGGCAUUCUAGGUUUGGGGGAACAUUUUAUGUAAGAAAUGUCAAGUCCGUCAGUGACAGGGAUGUAAUUUGUCAUCGAAUUCUGACUGAUAAUCAAUUUUUAGAUUUUGAUCAAGGCAAAGCUUUUAGAAAAAAGCCCAAAAACAGGAGACCUCAGCAGGAUUUUGACAUUACCAGAAGGUCUACAUUGAGCAUUCGUCUUUUCUUGCGUGAUUUCUGUGUGGAAUUUUUGAACAGCGCUUAUAAUUCUCUCAUGUUCUCUGUAAAGGAUAACCUUUCAAGACAGAGGGCUCAAGCACAUGAUGAAACGUAUUAUUUAUGGGCAAUGAGAUUCUUCAUGGAGUUUAAUCGCUUAUAUUCUUUUAAUGUGAGCUUUGUGAGUGAGACAGUGUCUAUCCAGGUAUUUCAUUACAUCCACACCCAACUAGAGAACUACUAUGAAAUGAUGAUGACAGAUAAGCGAAAGUUGGUUCUGUGGUCUAGAAGAAUUCAUCUUGCCUUGAAAGCUUAUCAGGAACUCUUGAUGACAUUAGCAGUCAUGGGAAAAAGUCCUGAAGAAGCAGUACAGAAGAGUGCUAAAAUCAUAAAAGGAAACAUAUUUUACAUGGUAGAGUACCGAGACUUACUGCUAACUCUACUGAUGAACUAUGAUGAGGUCAAACUUCCUAGAUCCUAUCUGAAAGACUUAGUGGAAACCACACAUGUUUUCUUGAGGAUGUUAGAGCAUCAAUCUCAUAACAGCUCUCAUCUGAUCGUACAAAAUAAGAAAAGACGGUCAAGGAAAAACAAGAAUAAAAAGAAGGCUAAAAGUGACAUCACUAAAUCACAACAGCCUAGUGAGGAUCAGUUGGAGAAAGAAUGGGAAGAUGUGUCGGGAGAUCUGUCUGCUGUCUUACAGGGACAUAAAAGAAUAACUAGUGAUGUUACGCCAUUUGAUGCAGCCAGUGAAAAGAGCCUCGAAGAUCAAAAGGGCGAUGCAGUGAUAAAAAUUCAAAGAGUACUUCGAGAGAAUAAUGCAGCAGAGUCUGUAGCUCUCUAUCGAGCAGCAAGAGAAUUGUGGCCAGAAGGCAAUGUUUUUGGAACAUCCAAUAUGAAACCUGAGGAAGAGUUUAUGGCUUUACGAGAGAUCUUCUUCACAUCAAUUCCAGGGUCAGAAACUCAAAACACGGAAAGAACGGCGGAGGAAUCAAAUCAAGAAGUUGAUGAUGAAGAAGAAGAAGAAGGUAGGGAUACAGUAGUUUGGUUAAUAUCAUUGAAAAACUUGCACACUGGUUUGUGGGAGAAAAGAAAGUUAUAUGAGUAA